AUUCCUUCGAGAACAUUCGUUCGGUCACCGCCCUCGCCCCUCCCACCGGCCACCGCACGCACUGCCCUCCGAGCCCCAAGGCGCACCUCGCCGGCGCCAUGGCCACCUCCGCCCCCGCGGGCGACGCCUCCUCGUCUCCGCCCGCGCCGCAGCCGCAGGUGGAGCCCGCGCGGAAGGCGGUCCGCGUGGUGGUGAAGGGGCGCGUCACGGGGGUGGGGUUCCGCGACUGGACCGCCUCCACGGCCGAGUCCCUCGGCCUCGCCGGCUGGGUCCGCAACCGCCGCGACGGCAGCGUGGAGGCGCUCCUCUCCGGCGACCCCGCCAAGAUCGAGGACAUGAUAACCCGCCGCCUCCCCGUCGGCCCCCCCGCCGCCACCGUCACCGCCGUCGUCCCGUCCCCCGCCGAGCCCGUCGAUCCGUCCGCCGGGUUCGAGAUCAAGUUCACCGUCUGAUCCGCCCUUCCAGCGGCCGAUUCGCGUCUCGCCGCGCGUUCCUGGAUCGCUCUGUACUCCCUACUAGAGAUCACAGGCGCCACCUAGUGCUCCGUAUAGCUGCUCUGCAACUGCAAAUCUCUGCUUGGGGAGGUCAUGUCAAUUUGUGUGUGCAAAACUGCAGACUUGUUUCUGACCUCUAGGUGGCUUGUGGUUCUUGAAUAAUGAAGUAUAGUAUUGACUUCCAAUAAAACUGUCAGCUGUGCCAUGAUUGAAGAUAAGAAUUGUUUCUGAAA